ACAUUUCCCUUCCCUCCAUUUCCACCUUCCCUCUCUCUCUCUUCCUCUCUCCCUUUUGCUCUUCCCCUUCGAGCAGGUAGCACACAGUGCGAAACGGUGAAAGCGGACAGAGAGAGCAGUAGGAUGGGUAGCUUCGGGAAUGGCGCCGCGGGAAGCGAACGUAUUGGCAGCAGCAGUGGUGCGGUGGACAAAGAAGUGGAUUUCGCACAGUAUUUCUGCACUUACGCGUUUCUCUACCACCAGAAGGAGAUGCUCUCUGACCAAGUUCGCAUGGAUGCUUACUUCAAAGCCAUUGUCGAAAAUAAACACCACUUCUUUGGAAAGACUGUCUUGGAUGUAGGAACAGGGAGUGGCAUUCUUGCAAUUUGGUCUGCACAAGCUGGUGCAAGGAAGGUUUAUGCAGUGGAAGCAACUAAGAUGUCAGACCAUGCCCGAACACUUGUUAAAGCAAACAAUCUUCAGGAUGUGAUUGAAGUGAUUGAGGGCUCAAUGGAGGAUGUCAUUCUACCAGAGAAAGUUGAUGUGAUAAUCUCGGAGUGGAUGGGUUACUUCCUUCUCCGUGAGUCUAUGUUUGAUUCUGUGAUUUGUGCACGUGAUCGCUGGCUCAAACCAACAGGAGUCAUGUAUCCUAGCCAUGCUCGCAUGUGGUUGGCUCCAAUAAGGUCUGGAUUGGUGGAUCAAAAAAAGAAUGAUUACGAAGGAGCAAUGGAGGACUGGUAUAAUUUUUUGAGUGACACUAAAACCUACUAUGGUGUUGAUAUGAGUGCUCUCACAAAGUCCUUCUCUGAUGAGCAGGAGAAAUAUUAUCUACAGACAUCAUUGUGGAACAACCUUCAUCCACACCAAGUUAAUGGGACGGCUGCCCUUGUAAAAGAGAUAGACUGCUUAACUGCAACUGUGGAUGACAUUUCCUUGGUAGAAUCGAAGUUAUCUUCAUCUAUCAACAUAGAGAGAACAAGGCUAUGUGGGUUUGCUGGAUGGUUUGAUGUCCAUUUCCGGGGAAGAAAGGAGGAUCCAGCUCAGAAAGAAAUUGAGUUGACUACUGCGCCUAGUAUGCACAAUGGCACGCACUGGGGACAGCAGGUUUUCCUUUUACAUCCUCCCAUCCAUGUUAGUGAAGGAGAUGAUAUGAAUAUCUCUUUCUCAAUGAACCGAUCCAAAGAAAACCAUCGUUUAAUGGAGGUUGAGCUUGGUUGUGAGAUAAGACGGUCUUCAGGCGAGUUGGUCCCUCCAUUCAAGAAGAAGUUCUUCAUAGAGUGAUAAAAGGAAACCGAUCUUGUUGUCCAAUGUGUGAUCUCUGGGAUGGAUGUUAUUGAUAGUUGUUCUGUUGCUGACUAUUUCCAGAAGAUGAGAUCUUUUAUCCCUGAAAUUCCGUCAUGAAACGCUCGGUGAGCUUUUUGGCAUGAAUUUUUGCCUCUCAAAUGUUCCAGGUUUUGCUGGUGUGUGUUUUUACAAUGAGACCAUAGUCCGUCUCGUCAACUGUGCCUUUUACCUUUCAUAUCAUAAUACUGUAUAAUUUCACUGUUGGGAAUAUAUUUGUACAAUGUUGAUGUACUGUAUAUAGUUGUAUGUUACCGGCCGAUGAGAAGUUCGGAGGGAGUAUAACGCAGACAUUUUGACAUCUUCUUUCCCAUUUUGAAAUUGAAUACUGAAAUUUCUGUUUGGAAAUGUGAAGAAAAGCUAUGACGUUCAGCAGUCAA